AUGGGAUCUCUUGUGUUGGUCGACCUUCUCCUUGGAAUACUGUUCCUGUAUAUUGCGUGCAGGAAUGGGUACACUGGGGAAAGCACAAAGAACUUUACGGCACGCCCUAUUAGUUCGGUCACGAUCUUCGGGAAAACCCUUGUCAUCAUAAAUGACCAUCGCAUUGCGUUGGAACUUAUGGACAAUCGAUCUGCUAUAUAUUCUUCACGUUCUCGGAUGGUCUUUGCGGGAGAAAUGAUCGGAUGGGAGAAUAUUUUAACAAACCUGGUGUACUCGGAUCGUUUUCGAGCGUUUCGAAGGAGUAUGCAUUCUAUUUUGGGUACGAAGCAGGCUGUGGCUCGCUUUGGUGAUCUUCAGGAUAUCGAGGUCCGACGCUUCCUCCUCCGUGUGCUCAAUGAACCGGCCAAGCUCAUUCAGCAUAUUAGGACGAAUAUACUGGUCCACAGUGAAGCAGGCGCCAUUAUACUAAAAAUGUCUUAUGGCUAUACUAUUGAUUGUCAUGGCCGAGAUCCACUCAUCGACAUUGCAGACGAUGCGGCGCGGCAGUUUUCACUCGCGGCAGUACCCGGAACUUGGCUUGUCGAUCUGUUGCCUUACUUGAAGGAUGUUCCUGAGUGGAUACCAGGAACAGGAUUCAAACGAACGGCUGCACACUGGAGGAAGACGCUUUUAGAUUUCACCGAGAUACCUCAUGCAUUUGUGAAGCAGCAGAUGGCUGCUGGUAUCGCUGCUCCAUCGUAUACCUCUGUCUUACUGGAAAAGGGGAACCUGAGCCCUGACGAAGAAUUCAUCAUAAAGUGGUCUGCUGCAUCGCUUUUCAUAGGAGGCGCCGAUACUACCGUGUCUUCACUUGCAUGCUUCUUCCUCGUUAUGAUGGUAUAUCCCGAGGUGCAACGAAAGGCACAGGAAGAGAUUGAUCGUGUAAUUGGCAAUGGCCGUCUCCCAUGUUUCGAGGACCGUGAUAAUCUUCCGUAUAUCAAUGCGGUUGUCAAAGAAGUCCUCCGUUGGCAUCCUGUUGGUCCAAUGGGAUUUCCUCACCUGACAACAGAGAGUGACACCUACGAAGGCUACUACAUUCCGAAAGGCUCCUUGGUCAUUGCAAACGUCUGGGAGUUUACACACGACGAGAAGACGUAUCAUGACUCGAUGGCUUUCAAACCUGAGCGUUUCAUUGGUAUAAACGGUCGAGAACCAGAGAUGGACCCUGAACAAUUUGUCUUCGGGUUCGGUCGUCGAAUCUGUCCUGGCCGUACGCUCGCCGAUGCAUCACUGUAUCUCACAAUUGUGCAAAGUCUGUCAGUGUUUAACAUUUCUAAGGUUGUUGAGGACGGGAAGGUGAUUGAGCCUACCAUUGCUUUCACCGCUGGUGUUGCCAGCCAUCCCGUUGAGUACAGGACGUCUGUGAAACCGCGAAGUAAGAAAGCUGAGGCGCUCAUCCGCGCAAUGGAGGUGGACUAUCCCUACCAGUCUAGUGACACCGAAUGUGUUUAACGGGGUCAAAGUCUAACUUCCACCCACAGACUUCUGCCAAUUGUAUACAUGUGGCCUAAUAGCCAAGAUGCAUCAACUGCAUCCUAGCCAGUAAUCCUAGUUUAUAUUAAGC